AUGGCCGAGCCGGUGCCGCUGGAAACCUUCGAGCGCGCACCGCCAGCCCGUGCUGCACAGUCGUCGUCCUCGUUUGCAUAUCCUCCUGGACGGACAGAGGGGGACGAGGAGGAGCGGCGGCGGCGGCAGCUGGAGCUUGCAGGAGACGAGGAGCUGGCCCGCAACCUCGCGGCCCAGCUGCGCUUGACCUCCCCAGCAGAGACAGCAGAUUCCGCAGGCGGCCUGCAGUCAGAAGCCUUCCGAGACGACGACAGGCGGCUACCUCGAGUGGGAGACCGAAGUAGCCCAGACAGUCCAUACAGAGGUGAUGCAGACACAGACAGAAUGCCUGGAGUGGAGUACCAUGCGAUGGACUCAGACACCGAGGAUGCUUUCUAUGCGGAGCCCCCAAAGGCCGCCGGGUACCAUCACGUUAUCUGCAACGUCCUCGUCAACCUUUUCCGCGCGGGGGGAGGCUGGGGCUCUCGUGUGCAGAAUGCCACAGACGUGAGGUUCAGAUGA